ACCGCGCGGAGGCGAGCGGGCCAGGCCCAGCCGGGCGGCCGCCGCCAUGAGCGGCUCCUCGGGCACCCCGUACCUGGGCAGCAAGAUCAGCCUCAUCUCCAAGGCGCAGAUCCGCUACGAGGGCAUCCUCUACACCAUCGACACGGACAACUCCACCGUGGCGCUCGCCAAAGUGAGGUCUUUUGGUACUGAAGACCGUCCCACAGAUAGGCCGGCCCCCCCAAGAGAGGAAAUCUAUGAGUACAUCAUUUUCCGGGGAAGCGAUAUCAAAGAUAUUACCGUGUGUGAACCUCCGAAAGCUCAGCACACACUCCCUCAGGAUCCUGCUAUUGUUCAAUCUUCCUUGGGCUCGGGCUCGGCCUCCUCCUUCCAGCCACACGUGCCUUACAGCCCCUUCAGAGGGAUGCCACCCUACAGCCAGUUGGCUGCCAGCUCUCUGCUUAGCCAGCAGUAUGCCGCUUCCUUGGGCCUAGAGAAGCUGGUGAGCCCUCCAGCCUCGGCCGCAGCUUCCAGCCCUAGUUCCUCUCCAUCUCCACAGCCCGCCUCAGAGCUUGACAUGUCCUCAGAGCCACAUCAGCUCACUUCCAAGGGAGCUGGUUUUCCAUCCGUCCCAGUCGGCAAGAGCCCCAUGGUGGAGCAGGCUGUCCAGACUGGUUCUGUUGAUAACCUGAACGCCAAAAAGCUGUUACCUGGCAAGGGCCCAGUGGGGAUGCAGCUCAGCGGGCGCCCCGCCCAGCCAAGCAGCAAGACCAGCAGCGAUGUAGUUCAGCCGGCAGCUGUGCAAAGUCAAGGGCAGGUGAAUGACGAGAACAGAAGACCUCAGAGGAGGAGAUCAGGGAACAGACGAACAAGGAAUCGCUCCAGAGGGCAAAACCGCCCGACUAAUGUCAAAGAAAACACAAUCAAGUUUGAAGGCGACUUUGAUUUUGAGAGCGCCAAUGCCCAGUUCAACAGAGAGGAGCUGGACAAAGAGUUUAAGAAGAAACUGAAUUUUAAAGAUGACAAAGCUGAGAAGGGGGACGAGAAAGACUCAGCAGUGGUGACCCAGAGUGAUGAGGCUCCUGCUGAGGAAGACCACCUGGGGCCCAACUGCUACUAUGACAAGUCCAAGUCCUUCUUUGACAACAUCUCCUCUGAGCUCAAGACCAGUUCCAGGCGGACUACAUGGGCUGAGGAACGGAAGCUCAACACAGAGACCUUUGGGGUGUCAGGAAGGUUUCUUCGCGGCCGUAGCUUCAGGGGUGGAUUUCGAGGGGGCAGGGGCAACGGUACAGCCCGUCGCAACCCAACUUCCCACAGAGCUGGGACUGGCAGGGUGUAAGGAUGCAGCCCAAGGCGCCUGCGGAAGUAGUACCGAAACAAAGCUGUGUCUGAGGAUAUUGGAAAAACGCUGCACUUACUGGGGAGACGUGGGUCACUUUGUUUACGGAGUUUGGAAAAUUCCCGUACUACUACUUAUGUUUUGGACUUAAUUGAACUUGGACGUGGUCUGAGUUAGAACCACUUGUUUUGGGGGAAGUAUUUGUGGGUAACCUCUUUGAGGUAUCUUGGCCUGUCUUUCCUCUUUAGUUGCGCACAGCCUAAUUCUAAGGUUUUGGUAUUUUGGAAGAAGAUUUCUAGAGCAAAAGCUUGAUCCUCA